UUCACUUAAUCCAUGAUGAACACCGUUCUAGUGAACAACUUUCUACACUUUAUAUUGUGUCAAGUAAAUGAAUGCUGGUAUUGCACUGGUUUAUAAUGUUGCUGUAUGCACCAGCAUAAGCUGAUUUAUUAAAACAUUACUGUUUACCAAACUUGUUACUUCAGAGUCAGCUCUUAAAGUCCUCGGUACAAUGACUCAAGCAGAAAUUAAACUUUGUUCUUUACUGCUGCAAGAGCAUUUUGGGGAGAUCGUAGAAAAAAUUGGAGUCCACCUCAUCAGAACUGGCAGUCAACCAUUGAAAAUAAUUGCCCGUGACACAGGAACAUCACUGGAUCAGGUAAAAAAAGCCCUUUGUGUCCUGAUCCAACAUAACCUGGUACUGUACCAGGUGCACAGACGUGGCAUAGUAGAGUAUGAAGCCCAGUGCAGCCGGGUGCUACGCAUGCCUCGGUACCCCAGGUAUAUCUACACAGCCAAGACUUUGUACAGCGACACUGGGGAGCUGAUCGUGGAGGAGUUGCUCCUGAAUGGCAAGAUGACAAUGUCAGCAGUGGUGAAGAAAGUUGCAGACAGGCUCACAGAGACCAUGGAGGAUGGCAAGACCAUGGACUAUGCAGAGGUCGCAAACACAUUUGUGCGACUCGCUGACACACACUUUGUGCAGCGUUGCCCCUGCGUGCCUGCCACCGCCGAGAAUUCAGACCCAGGGCCACCGCCACCCGCCCCAUCUCUUGUCAUCAGUGAAAAAGACAUGUACGUGGUUCCAAAGCUGAGCUUGAUAGGAAAAGGUAAAAGGAGGAGAUCAUCUGACGAAGAUGCUUCUGGAGAGCCCAAGGCCAAGAGACCCAAACACGCCACAGAUAACAAAGAGCCCACUCCAGACGAUGGGAUUUAUUGGCAAGCCAACCUGGACAGAUUCCACCAGCACUUCCGUGACCAGGCCAUUGUGAGCGCAGUCGCCAACAGGAUGGAGCAGACCAGCAGCGAGAUUGUGCGGACCAUGCUCCGGGUGAGUGAGGUCACCACACCUUCCUGUGCCCCUUUCACGCAGCCCUUGUCCUCCAACGAGAUCUUCAGAUCCCUGCCUGUGGGCUAUAAUAUCUCUAAGCAAGUUCUUGAUCAGUAUCUCACUCUCCUGGCUGAUGACCCGCUGGAGUUUGUUGGAAAGUCUGGCGACAGUGGUGGAGGAAUGUAUGUCAUCAACUUGCACAAGGCUCUGGCAUCCCUGGCCACUGCUACUCUGGAGUCUGUCAUACAGGAGAGAUUUGGGUCUCGCUGUGCCAGAAUAUUCCGUCUGGUUUUACAAAAGAAACACCUGGAGCAGAAGCAGGUGGAAGACUUUGCAAUGAUUCCAGCCAAAGAGGCUAAGGAUAUGCUUUAUAAGAUGCUCUCAGAGAAUUUCAUAUCACUCCAGGAAAUUCCCAAAACACCAGACCAUGCCCCGUCCCGGACCUUCUAUUUAUACACCGUGAACAUCCUGUCCGCUGCCAGAAUGCUGCUGCAUAGGUGCUACAAGAGCAUAGCCAACCUGAUGGAAAGGAGGCAGUUUGAAACCAAAGAGAACAAGCGCCUACUGGAGAAGUCUCAGCGGGUGGAAGCCAUCAUCGCGUCCAUGCAGGCCACAGGUGCCGAGGAGACACAGCUGCAGGAAAUAGAGGAAAUGAUCACAGCCCCCGAGCGCCAGCAGCUCGAGACCCUGAAACGUAACGUCAACAAGUUGGAUGCCAGUGAGAUCCAGGUGGAUGAAACCAUCUUUCUUCUGGAAUCAUACAUCGAAAGCACCAUGAAGAGACUCUGAGCCAGAAGAAGAGGGAUUCUAAAGGACAAUAAAGAAUGUCUCUCAGCCAGAGAGAGUGCAGCAGACAGGUGCUUGUCUUACAUAAGGAGGACCCUUUUCAAUCUCCGGCUUUGCAUAGGGUUCCCUGAGCACCACCAGGAGUAUUCCUGAUUGUUGAUCCAGGAAUAAGCCUAGUUCUGCCCAUAAAAUAAAGGAUAUGUAGGAAUAUGUUCUUUGUAGUGGGAUAAGUUGUA